AUGAAAAAGAUGAGAGAUGCUAUCUGUUUGUUGACUCAGACACUUGCUACCCAGGCUGGGCGACAGGAUAGCGGUCAUGAGUAUCCAAAUAGGGCUGCUAGUACCAGGGCCCGAGAUUUUCUUACAUUAGAUCCCCCAGAGUUUAAGGGCACGGACCCUAAUGCUGAUCCUCAGGAGUUCAUAGAUAAAAUGGAAGAUAGAGUUCACCGAUACGUGAUGGGAUUACGCCCGGGGUUGCGGGAGGCUUGUAUGGCGGUAGCGAUGCCCGGUAUGGAUAUAGCUCGUAUUCAGGCUUAUGCUCAGGGGUCAGAGGAUCGUAGGAGCCAGCGAGAGGCUAUCUCGGAGCAGAGUAGUAGUCAGCCCAAGAGGGCUAGGUCAGAGGGUCAGUAUAGAGGUUCCACUAGCCAGAGCAGACCCCAGUAUAGUGCACCUCUGCAGUUUCGAGGAUCUCGGCGGGGUAGGGAGACUUCUCUUGGUCAGAGACAGAAUUCUUAUGCAUCAGGUUCUCAGCAGCAAGUGGGGUCAGGGCAGGAGGUGAUGCCCCCUUCUCGAUGUGCGACUUGUGGGAAACGUCAUGUAGGACGAUGUCGUCAGGGUGCAUGCUAUACUUGUGGUGAUCCGAGCACUAUGCUAGAGAUUGCCCACAAAGAGUGGGUUGUAUUGUUCCUGAGAAUUCGGUAG